AUGGCAACUCUCAAGGAUCAGCUGAUUCAGAAACUUAUUAAGGAAGAUCAUAACCCCCAGAAUAAGAUUACCGUUGUUGGGGUUCAUGCUGUUGGCACGGCUUGUGCCAUCAGUAUCUUAAUGAAGGACUUGGCAGGUGAACUUGCUCUUGUUGAUGUCAUGGAAGACAAACUGAAGGGAGAGAUGAUGGAUCUCCAGCAUGGCAACCUAUUCCCUAGAACACCAAAAAUUGUCUCCGGCAAAGUGGAUAUCUUGACCUAUGAGGCUUGGAAGAUAAGUGGCUUUCCCAAAAACCAUGUUAUUAGAAGUGGUUGCAAUCUGGAUUCAGUCUGGUUCCAUUACCUAAUGGGGAAAAGGCUGGGACUUCACCCAUUAAGCUGUCAUGGGUAUCUUGGGGAGCAUGGAGACUCUAGUGUGCCUGUAUGGAGUGGAAUAAAUGUUGCUGGUGCUUUCCUGAAGAAUCUGCACCCUGACUUAGGCACAGAUGCAGAUAAGGAACAGUGGAAAGAGGUUCACAAACAGGUGGCUGACAGUGCCUAUGAGGUGAUCAAACUGAAAGCCUAUACUUCCUGGGCCAUUGGACUGUCUGUGGCAGAUUUGGCAGAAAGUAUAAUGAAGAAUCUUAGGUGGGUGCCUCCAAUUUCCACCAUGAUUAACGGUCUCUAUGGAAUAAGAGAUGAUGUCUUCCUUAGUGUUCCUUGCAUCUUGGGACAGAAUGGAAUCUCACAUGUUGUGACGGCAACUCUGACUCCUGAGGAAGAGGCCCGUUUGAGGAAGAGUACAGAUACACUUUGGGGGAUCCAAAAAGAGCUGCAGUUUUCAAGUUUUCUGAUGUUGUACCACUUCACUGUCCAGACUACAACCAGAUUUUAG